AUGGGCACUAAGGUGCAUCUGAGUACAGCUUAUCAUCCGCAGACAGAUGGUCAGUCAGAGAGGACUAUUCAGACUUUGGAGGAUUUGCUGAGGAUGUGUGUGUUGGAUUGGGGUGGCCAUUGGGCAGAUCACCUGAGCUUAGUUGAGUUUGCAUACAACAACAGCUUUCAGGCGAGUAUUGGCAUGGCUCCAUUUGAGGCUUUGUAUGGGAGGCCAUGUAGGACACCCCUAUGCUGGACCCAAGUGGGGGAGCGCAGCAUGUAUGGAGCUACUUAUGUUCAGGAGACGACAGAGAAGGUUCGUGUUGUGAGGCUGAACAUGAAGGAGGCUCAGGAUAGGCAGAAGAGUUAUGCAGAUAGACGCAGACGAGAGCUUGAGUUUCAGGUGGAGAUAGAGUUUAUCUCAAGAUGGCUAUGUUGA